GGCGGGCCAGUCCAAAGUUAAACAUCUGGAAGCGCUUACUGCUGCUCAGUCCUUUACUCAGUGAGGUUGAGUGGAAUACCGUGACUGAAGAGAAGAUGUCUUUCAUAAAAGUAGAUGAAACUUCGGAUUUCUCCUUCCACAACCUUCCUUAUGGAGUAUUCUCCACACCUGACAACCCCAAACAUCGCAUUGGUGUUGCAAUUGGAGACCAGAUACUGGACCUCAGUGUGAUCAAGUCUCUGUUUCGAGGGCCUGUGUGUUCUAAACAUCAGGAUGUCUUUGACCAGCCCACACUGAAUGCUUUCAUGGCUCUCGGUUACGAGGCAUGGAGGGAGGCCAGGAGGACUCUGCAAAUGUUGCUGUCGGCCAAUGAGAGCACACUGAGAGAUGACAUCAGCCUUCGGAGCAGAGCAUUUGUCCACCAAAGUGCAGCCACCAUGCACCUUCCUGCAGACAUUGGCGAUUACACCGACUUCUACUCCUCCAGGGAUCACGCCACCAAUGUUGGCAUCAUGUUCAGGGGGAAGGAGAAUGCUCUGAUGCCAAACUGGUUGAGGCUUCCAGUGGGAUACCAUGGUAGAGCAUCAUCGGUGAUCGUUUCUGGGAGCCCCAUCCGUCGUCCCUCAGGCCAGAUGAGGCCCGACCAGACAAAACCUCCGGUGUUUGGCCCAUCUAAGCAGUUGGACAUUGAGCUGGAGAUGGCAUUCUUUGUUGGAGGAGGGAAUCGACUAGGGGAGCCCAUUCCCAUCAACAAGGCCCAUGAACACAUCUUUGGCAUGGUACUCAUGAACGACUGGAGUGCCCGAGACAUUCAGGCAUGGGAGUAUGUUCCUCUGGGUCCUUUCCUGGGUAAAAACUUUGGGACAACCAUCUCACCCUGGGUCGUUCCGAUGGAGGCGCUGUUGCCUUUCGCAGAGGCUAACCCCGUCCAGGAUCCUGAACCCCUUCCAUACCUGCAAGACCAUGACGCUUACACAUUCAACAUCAACCUGUUUGUGUCUCUAAAAGGACAGGACAUGGCAGAGGCUGCAAAUAUCUGCAAGUCAAACUUCAAGUACAUGUACUGGACCAUGAAGCAGCAGCUCACCCAUCACACUGUUAAUGGCUGCAAUGUCAGACCAGGAGAUCUGCUGGCUUCUGGCACCAUCAGUGGACCUGAUCCAGAGAGUUUUGGCUCCAUGCUCGAGCUGUCAUGGAGAGGAUCUAAGAGCAUUGAUCUGGGAGGAGGAAAUAGUAGAACCUUCUUGAAUGAUGGAGAUGAAGUCACCAUCACAGGUUACUGUCAAGGAGAUGGAUACAGGGUGGGGUUUGGACCAUGCAGAGGAACCAUCCUUCCUGCCCUGCAGCACUGAAACACACUUACUCCUAUUUAUGUGGGCACCAUUUUGUUGAACAUGAACACCAGAAGACACGGACACACUGGAAGUAUCUCAUCCUGAAUCUGAUGACUGCAAUAGCAACUACUCUGCUAAGGCACUAGCCCCCACUCCCUCAACUCACACACACACAUAUAAAUCCACACACACCUCCUUCUUAAGAGAAAGAUGCCAGAAUAGUUAAUAAUUGAUGAACAUUUUCCUCUGAUUCAGUGAAUUUGAUCUGAAAGCUCUGCAGAGUCAUCCAGUGACCUUGUUAUUGAAAUCCUCUGAAGUGUUCAACCCACAUAAUGUCCAAUGUUACUGCUGUACCAGGACCAGUGUUAUUGAUGUUUUAUGUGUACUGACUUCAGAUGUAUCAUAAAAUGAACAAUUUUUUAUUA